UGCUGUUUUGAAUGUCCUAAAUGGCAUGCUUAGACAUCAUGUACAACCAAAACUCCACCAACAAUGGCCUCUCAAUGAGCCCUAGAAUCUCCUUCUCAAAUGACUUUGUGGACUCCUCCAAUCACUCUCACCACCGUGAGAGGUCCUCCAGAGAAGCUCCGGUGUCCUCAGACUUUGAAUUCUCUGUGACCAAUUACUCCAUGAUGAGUGCUGAUGAGCUCUUCUUUAAGGGUAGGUUGUUGCCAUACAAGGACUGUGGCAGCAACCAUUGCCAGAAGACCACUCUCAGAGAUGAGCUACUGGUUGGCGACGACGACGGUGAUGGCGGUACUGGCAAAGCUUCAAUGAGGCCUCCUAAGGAUUCCACCAGGUGGAAGGAGCUUCUGGGGCUGAAGAACACUCACAUAGGGUCCAGGAAAUCUGCUAAGAAUGAUGGGUUUGUAGAAAAGAGGCCUGCUUUGAUUCAGGAGGAGGCACAUGCCAACAUGUCUUCACAGGUACGAAUGAGAGAAAAAAAUAUAACUCAAAUAUAUGUUUAGUCCAAAGUUCUCUUAACUUUUUUUUUAUGAAGUUAUUAAAUUUUUUUUUUUUCCUUCUUCCUCGAUCCGUUAAAUACUCUCACACACCCACAAAUGUUCACUGUGGAGUUGGAACCCAUCACCUUCCCUUUAAAGGAAAAGAGGUUGUAUC